AUGGAUAGCGAUGACCUUGCCUUCGAACGCGAGAAGCCGCAAAUACAGUCCCCGUCAUUUAGCCCCAUCCGGCGCAUCAGCCUCGCAUGUACAAGUUGCCGGUUGGUUCCAUUCUGUUUCUGGAUUCAGCGGUCCCAGAUUCUCAGAGACUGUCUAGGCGCAAAAAAGCAAGGUGUACGGGGGAACGACCCCAGUGUCGCAGUUGUCGGAGACUCUCACAGGCAUGCCAUUAUCCAAGCGAUGGGCGCCAGACAAGGACAUCACAGCAUCACGCGGGAGUGGGAGCAGAAGAUGGCUGCAUACCCACCACCCGGCGCUUUAGGCGAACCCGGUAUACUUCAGCCCAGGAUGCUGCAAGCCAACGAUGAACUAUUCCCAAUAUCGCAUGAAGUGGCACGGGCCUUGAUUGACAAUUAUUUCAAAUAUUGUCAUAACCAACCCUACAGUUUCUUUCAGGAGAGCACCUUGUACCAGAAUAUUCUGUGCGCAAGGCUUCCUCAAUACGUCUUUUUUGCCAUCGCUGCGCUUACGCUCCAGUUUCCGAAUGAUUUCUUCGCUUCGGCAUACUCCCGUCAGUUAGCGGAGACAUACGCAGACCGAGCCUGGCAACUGCUGGUGCCCCUAUGUUUUGGGUCACCGGAUAACAUCAGCCUAGCAAUGGUACAAGCCAUUACAUUACUAGCUAUAUAUGAUUUCACAGCCGGCGGUAGAAGAAAUCGCCUCGCUUGGGUUAAGAUUGGAAUAUCAGUUCGUAUCGCACAAGACCUUCGACUGAUGAAUGAAGCAAGUUAUCUCUUCCUCAGCCCUACGGAGCAAGAGGAACAGCGACGGACAUUUUGGUCAGUUUUUCUGCUUGAACGUCUCAUAUCCUGCGGUAGAGACCGGCCUGUCGCCAUCUCAGAAUCUUCCUGCAAUAUCCAGCUUCCAGGUACCGAGGAAACGUGGGACUUUGGGAAAAUCGAAGUAAUGCCUACUCUGAGUAUGCUCGCAAGUCACAAUGUGGACAGUGUUCAAGUGAUCAGUCCAUUUGCACUGGUGAUUCGCCUUGCAUCUAUAUUGAGCCGCUGUACCAACGUUAUGCUCCACGCGAAUAACUCUCCAUCGCUACAUCCCCCUUGGGAUCCGCAGUCGGAGCACUUUUCCAUCUGCUCGGAUCUUCUCCGGAUAGACAAUGCAACAUCCCUCGCAACCCCCUUGGCCGAGAUUUUGACGCAGCAACGGGUUACUUACGGCCACGUGAUUCCACACAAAGUUGCCCAUCACUAUGUUGCCCGGCUCAUUAGCCAUCUUUGCAAGUGCAUCCUGAAUCAUCCCUUCCUUUUGAGGAGAAGUCUGGAGCUUAUGGGCGUGAAGGCCCCGGCGGGUUUCCUUUCGUGUGCGUUUUGGAUUGCCGAAGAUUCCGCUACCAAAAUCCUCGACGUCAUUGAAGAGUUUCAAAAUUCUGGCCUUUGCGUAGUUUCUUCUUUCAGUGGCUACUGCUGCGUCUUGGCCGGUGCAUUUCAUGCGACCAAGGCCUCAGCCACCGCCGAUGCUGUGGCUCGGUCGAGACAUCUGGAUAACCUCACAAGAUCUCUCAAUCAUCUGAGGUUUCUUUCAAAAUUCUGGAACAAUGCCAAAGAAAUGUCGGCUUGCUUGGAGAGAUUUUCUAAAUCGGCCAGUCAAUACACUUAUCUACUCGGAGACGACGAUGAAAAUAUAUCAGAUGACCCAAUUGGAUCGGAAUUAUUAUGGUCACUUGUGGACUAUAGCAUCAUGUCACAGGGGCUUGAGGGAGACGCUACCGUGAACAUGUUCCUUGCCCAAUUUUCUUCGGGGCUGGCAAAUGAAGAAUCCACCGAGGCCUGA